AGGCGAGGUGAGAACAGGUCAGUGAGUCAACACAAGGCCACGGCGGGGAACUUCGCUAUCACGCUGCUUCCCUGGGUCUAAGCUCAAGUGAAGAUCAUCCCACCUCUGAGGCAGCAGCCAUGAACUGGUCUGCUUUGGAGUCCCUCAUCAGUGGGGUCAACAAGUACUCCACCGUGUUCGGGCGCAUCUGGCUCUCCAUGGUCUUCAUCUUCCGGGUGUUGGUGUUCGUGGUGGCGGCCCAGCGGGUGUGGGGCGACGAUAACAAGGACUUUGUCUGCAACACCAUCCAGCCGGGCUGCACCAACGUGUGCUACGACCACAUCUUCCCCAUCUCCCACAUCCGCCUGUGGGCCCUGCAGCUCAUCUUCGUCACCUGCCCGUCCCUGAUGGUGGUGGGCCACGUCAAGCUUCGCGAGAAGAAGGACAUGCAGUACACCGCCUCGCACAUGGGCGCCCAUCUGUACGCGCACCCCGGGAAGAAACGAGGGGGCCUGUGGUGGACGUACCUGGCGAGUCUGAUUUUCAAGGCAGGCUUUGAUGCUGGCUUCCUCUACAUCCUGUACUACGUCUACGAAGGCUACGACAUGCCCCGCCUGUCCAAGUGCUCCCUGCAGCCCUGCCCCAACAUGGUGGACUGCUACAUAUCGCGUCCCACUGAGAAGAGGAUCUUCACCAUCUUCAUGGUGGUCUCCUCUGCGCUGUGCAUCCUAAUGUGCAUCUGCGAGAUAGUUUACCUCAUCGGCAAACAAAUCCAGAAACGCAUCAAGAAGAAGUACAACGCAGACAGGAUACUGUUUGCCGAGAGUCAUGAGAUGACACGGCUGGCUGUUCCCAGGUCGGAGUUCAGGUCCAGAGUCGAUCCUACGGCCUCCACUCAAAAUCUCAGUAACGCCAAGAAAGAGAAGGCGCCUAUUAGGGAGAAAAUUAUGCACGAUAGAGCAAUGAAGCUUUUUGAAAAAGAAAUGUGGAAAAGCAUUCAUCAGAGCCAAUGAGCAACUGGUGCUCAACACCAAGGAGAUAUUCAUCAAGGCAGCACGAAUGCACACCUUAUGCAUGCAAAAUAACCCCUCAACAGGGAAGAUUGCGGAGGAAGUUGAACGGUUUUGGAUAGUUUAUUGAAAUUGACGUGAGUGUUUGUGAGAGAGAGAGAGAGAGAGAGAGAGAGAGAGAGAGAGAGAGAGAGUGGGAGAGAAUAUGUCGGUGGAUUUGAGCACGUCUGUGAGACCAAUAGUACAAUUUAUUUGAGAUGAUUUUUUAGAGUGAACCCUCUCCCCGAGAAUAUACACUGCCGUAACGUAUGAAACAAGACAAAGCUCUGACGCCACCGACACACAAAAUGUACAUUGAGGAAUGAUACAAAAUAUGUAGUAAAAAGAGACCAUAUAAUAUGUAUUGUGUUUAUUUAUUGUUGUGAGAUAUAAAGUUACUUAACUUUUGAAAUA